GGAACCCACAUUUUAGCCAGGAAAAACAGCAUCGCCCUUCUUUAGGUCGCCAUUUCUUCUUCAUCAAAUGGCACUAAUCUCAGCUCCCAAAAUGCUCACGGCCACGACGUUCUCGAAACUUCUUCUCCUAUCCACUUACUCAAUUCUCAUGCAUUCCUAUUCAUCAAAGGCAACCGUCCAGCAUCCACACACCACUAAGCUGGUGUUGUACUUCCAGGACAUCAUUGCCGGGCCCAAUGCCAAUGACAUCCCCGUCGUGGGCAUCCCCGGGAAGCUCUGGUCGUUCAGCCAGUUUGGGACGGUGUUCGUUGUUGAUGAACCAAUAACCGAGACGCCGGACCCCAACUCAGCCAUGGUCGGGCGGGCACAGGGCAUGUAUGUGAUCGCGUCGUUGGAUGGGUCGAAUGUUAAAACGGUGUUCUCGAUUGUGUUCACCAACCAAGCCUACAACGGGAGCACCCUAGAGCUCCAGGGCGCAGGCAAGCAGCUCCAGAGGGUCCUCGAGUUUGCGGUGGUGGGGGGGACGGGGAAGUUCCGGUUUGCACGGGGCUACACGACGCUUGAGACUAUCUCAUUUUCACAGGGUCAUGGAGUUAUCCAAUUCAAUGUCACUGUUCGUCAUGAUUAGAGGAGAUUUCAUAUAUGUUCGACAAAUUUGGUAUGGAUUAAAUAAUAUUGGGAUAGGAUGUUGUGUGCUCCGUCUGGGCACUAAUAAAUAAAACGUACUCUAUAAGGAUCCGUCUUCUUUUAGAUGUCAUUAAUAAAAUUACAAUUUUCCUAGAA